AUGCGCGAACCAACCAGCUCAAGUGAGGCAUGGGAGUUAAUGGAGCCCGAGCGGCCCGCAUCCGGAACCGAAGCCUUGUCCGUCAAUAUCAGCAGCAAUAGCAAUAGCGACAUCAACAGGACUGCUGGCGGAGAGCAUGAACAUGAACAUGAGCCACCAGAUGAUGCGGUAUCGAUAGAAGACGUUCCGCCCAACGGCGGGUAUGGCUGGGUUUGUACGGCGAGUGUGUUUCUGAUCAAUGCGCAUACGUGGGGAUUGAAUAGUGCAUGGGGCAUCUUCCUGGCCCACUAUCUCUCAAACUCGACGUUUCCCAACGCCUCAAAUCUCGAAUACUCGUUGAUCGGGGGCCUGUCGAUUUCACAAGCACUGCUGAGCGCGCCGCUGGUGGCAUUGUCGGCGAAACACCUCGGGACACGAAACACACUUCUGAUCGGGACAGGACUGUUAUUUGUAUCGCUGUUCACGGCAUCGUACGCCACGCAGAUCUGGCAUUUGUUCCUCAGCCAGGGAGUAUGUUUCGGCGUGGCCAUGGGGUUCGUGUACUUGCCGGCAACGGCGAUGUUGCCGCAGUGGUUUUCGAGCCGACGCAGCCUGGCGAUGGGAAUAGCGUCCGCCGGAUCCGGACUCGGCGGGCUGGCGUACAAUCUUGCCGCUGGCCGCUUGGUCGAGCAGGUCGGUGUGGAAUGGACGUACCGCGUCCUGGCGUUUUGUGGCCUUGCCGUCAAUUUUGUAUGUUCAUUGCUGCUCCGCGAUCGCAAUAAGGCGGUCAAGCCGCUCCAGAAUGCAUUCGACUAUCGCGAGUAUCUGCGCGUUGAAGUCGCGUUGAUCAUUGUUUGGGGUUUGGCGACGGAACUCGGGUUUAUUGUCUUGCUUUAUUCGUUGCCAAAUUAUGCCACGUCCAUUGGGCUGACGGCCCGUCAGGGUUCUGUUGUGGGAGCAUUUUUGAAUCUGGGAUUGGGCGUAGGACGACCUGUGGUGGGGUAUUAUUCUGACGCUUUUGGAAGGUUGAAUAUGGCUGUUCUGACUACUGGUCUGUCGGGAGUCUUUUGUCUUGCCCUUUGGGUGCCGGCCAAGUCGUAUGGAUUGUUGUUGGCAUUUGCUCUACUGACCGGGUCGGUGUUUGGCGUCUUUUGGGCCUGUGUCACUCCCGUCACUGCAGAGCUCGUCGGUCUCAGGAGGUUGCCGUCUUCCUUUGGCGUCAUUUGCUUUGCUUUGGUUGUUCCAACCACCUUUGCAGAGACUAUCGCUCUCGAAAUGGUCGAUGCCUCGGGAUACUUGAGUGCCCAGCUGUUUGUGGGGUUCAUGUUCCUCCUCGGCGCAAUGAGUACCUGGCUCCUCAGGUCGUGGAAAAUCAAUGAGGUCGAGCGCAAGGCUGCUGCUGCCGCUGAUGAAUGUCACCGUCACCGUCGUGAUGGAGCUUCUCAGUGGUCACAACAUGCCUUCUGGCUUUCACCCAGGAAACUGUUGUGGUGGGGCCGUGUCUGA